UUUUUUGAGAAGGAGCCUGUGGCAGCGGCGCCGACGAGAGGAAGAGGAGGAGUAGGAGGGAAGCCUUUUUAAUUCAUUUUCGUUCCGAAUUCCGCAUUUCGAGCCUCUGCAGCCAGCUGGACUUGGGUUGUUGUUGUUGUGGGUGGUGGUUGUGCGUGGGGUGGUUUUUUUUUGUUUGGUUUUUGUUUUUGUUUUUUUUCUUGUGUGUGAUUUUAUUUUUUUCCUCCCCCCUCCUCGCUGAGCGGGGAGAGGAGCCGGGGGGAUACCGCCAGGGCAGCCCCGUCCCCGCGCUGAGGGACGGAGGAGCUGUUGUUGUUUUGUAAUAAGAUUGUCUGGGUCGCCCUCCCCCUCCCCCCCUCCUCAUCCUUUUUUUUUUUUUUUUUCCAAUUUUUUUUUUUUUUUUUCUGUCUCUGUGUGUGUGCGCGCUGCCUCCGUGUGCGGUGUUUGAAAAUGGAGGUUGAAGAUGCAGACUGCCAGCCCCGAUGUGCCUCAUGUUUGCGACUCCUGUGCACGAUGUACCACUGCAGCCAGCGCUGAGGGGAGACGGUGGCGCCCCCCGCCCCGGAGCCCGCCCCGCCGCCCCGGAGACAGCGUCGCCCCGGGGCUUUCAUGCCUUGUUGUUGUUGCCGUUAAUACAUCUUGAAUAUCUGUGUAUUUUUGGUGUGGUUGCUCCGGAAGAUCAACACCCAGGGACCUCAAAACCCCUCCGGUUUGCCAGUCCGAAGGGUCUCUUUCUUUUUUUUUUUUUUUUUCUUCAUUUCUUGAGGCAACGUGGAUUUAUUUAUCCUGCCCCGCUUCUCGUCCGCCUUUUGCCUCCUUCGUUAUUUUUAGAGGACGGAGGGGAGAAAAGAAAGAGAACAAUAUUGGACUUUUUUUUUUUUUUAAUUUUCGGAAAGGGGAAAUUUGUCCAAUUAAAAAAAGAGGAAUGAAGUCUGGCGCUGGAGGAGGGUCCCUCGCCGUCGUCUGGGGGUUUCUGCUCGUCUUCGCCGCACUUUGUCUGUGGCCAACAAAUGGGGAAAUUUGUGGGCCAAACGUUGACAUUCGCAAUGACAUCCAUGAGCUGAAACGCCUGGAGAACUGUACGGUCAUCGAGGGUUUCCUUCGGAUCCUGCUCAUCUCCAAAGCAGAGGAUUACCGCAACUUCCGCUUCCCAAAGCUCACAGUCAUCACUGACUACCUGCUGCUCUUCCGAGUGGCAGGCUUGGAAAGCCUCAGUGAUCUCUUCCCCAACCUCACAGUCAUUCGUGGGAGAAACCUCUUCUACAACUAUGCCUUGGUUAUCUUUGAAAUGACAAAUCUGAAAGAGAUUGGUCUUUACAACUUGAGGAACAUAACACGCGGAGCCAUUCGGAUUGAGAAGAACUCUGACCUGUGUUACCUCUCCACAGUGGACUGGUCUCUCAUCCUAGAUGCUGUGUCCAAUAACUACAUCGUUGGGAAUAAACCCCCAAAGGAAUGUGGGGACUUGUGUCCAGGGACAAUGGAGGAGAAGCCGCUGUGUGAGAAGACCUCGAUUAACAAUGAGUACAACUACCGCUGCUGGACCACCAACCACUGCCAGAAAAUGUGUCCCAGCUCCUGUGGCAAGAGAGCCUGUACAGACCAGAACGAGUGUUGCCACCCGGAGUGCCUGGGGAGCUGCACAGCCCCUGAUAACAACACCGCCUGCGUUGCCUGCCGCAAUUACUACUACGAAGGAGUCUGCCUGCCCACCUGCCCUCCCAACACCUACAAAUUCGAGGGCUGGCGCUGCGUGACAAAAGAGUUUUGCUCCAAAGUCCCUGCCACUGAAACAAGUGAAUAUGAGAGGUUUGUGAUUCACAACGAUGAGUGCAUGGCCGAGUGCCCCUCCGGAUUCAUCCGCAACGGGAGCCAAAGCAUGUUCUGCAGCCCGUGUGAGGGACCUUGCCCCAAAAUUUGUGAGGAUGAGAAAACGAAGACCAUUGACUCUGUCACAUCAGCACAAAUGUUGCAGGGAUGCACAAUUCUCAAGGGAAAUCUGCUGAUUAACAUCCGCCGUGGAAAUAACAUUGCUUCAGAACUGGAGAAUUUUAUGGGUCUGAUUGAGACAGUGACAGGGUACGUGAAGAUUCGCCACUCCCAUGCCUUGGUCUCCUUGUCUUUCCUGAAGAACCUGAGGUACAUUCUGGGAGAGGAACAGGUGGAUGGGAACUAUUCCUUCUACGUGCUUGACAACCACAAUCUUCAGCAGCUGUGGGACUGGAACCAUCACAACCUGACGAUCAAGGAGGGGAAAAUGUACUUUGCAUUUAAUCCUAAACUCUGUGUGUCUGAGAUCUACCGGAUGGAGGAAGUUUCAGGAACCAAGGGACGUCAGAGCAAAGGAGAUAUAAAUCCGAGGAAUAAUGGGGAGCGAGCCUCCUGUGAGAGCCACAUUCUGCGUUUUGUUUCCAACACCACGCUGAAGAAUCGCAUUAAACUGACGUGGGAACGGUAUCGCCCUCCAGACUACAGAGAUCUCAUCAGCUUCACUGUUUACUACAAAGAAGCACCAUUCAAAAACGUGACAGAGUACGAUGGGCAAGAUGCGUGUGGUUCCAAUAGCUGGAACAUGGUUGACGUUGACCUGCCACCAAACAAAGAGAACAAUCCUGGGAUUCUACUGCAGGGAUUGAAACCUUGGACCCAAUAUGCCAUUUAUGUCAAGGCUGUUACCCUCACAAUGAUGGAAAACCGUCAUAUUCAUGGAGCAAAAAGUGAAAUUGUAUAUAUAAGAACCAAUGCUGCAGUGCCAUCCAUUCCCUUGGAUGUUAUUUCAGCAUCCAACUCCUCAUCCCAACUGAUUGUGAAAUGGAAUCCUCCCUCUCUUCCUAAUGGGAACCUCUCCUACUAUAUUGUAAGAUGGCAGCAGCAACCUCAGGACAGUUACCUUUACAGACACAAUUACUGCUCCAAAGAUAAAGUCCCAAUUCGAAGAUACGCUGAUGGGACCAUUGAUACAGAAGAAACUACUGAACCCACCAAGCCAGAGGGCUGUGGGGGUGAAAAAGGACCUUGUUGUGCUUGUCCCAAGACAGAGGCAGAAAAGCAAGCUGAGAAGGAGGAAGCAGAGUAUCGGAAAGUCUUUGAGAACUUCCUUCACAACUCCAUCUUUGUCCCCAGACCUGAUCGGAAGCGGAGAGAUCUCUUCCGAAUCGCAAACGCCACCGUCACCAAUCGGAACAGGAACAUCACUGGGACAGAUCACUUCACCAACAGUUCUGACACGGAGGAGAAUGAGGUGGAAUACCCAUUCUUUGAGACCAAAGUGGAUGGCAAGGAGAGAACUGUGAUCUCCCAUCUCCAGCCUUUUACUCUUUACCGCAUUGAUAUUCACAGCUGCAACCACGAAGCUGACACGCUGGGUUGCAGCGCUUCCAACUUUGUCUUUGCAAGAACCAUGCCUUCAGAGGGAGCAGAUAACAUUCCAGGAACGGUAGCAUGGGAAGCAAAAGAAGAAAAUACUGUAUACCUGAAGUGGCUAGAGCCUGCAAAUCCAAACGGGCUGAUACUCAUGUAUGAAAUCAAAUAUGGGCAGCAUGGAGAGGAGAAGCGGGAAUGUGUUUCCAGACAAGAAUACAAGAAGCUUGGAGGAGCUAAACUAACUCAUCUGAACCCUGGAAACUACUCUGCUAGAGUUCAGGCCACUUCGUUAGCUGGAAAUGGGUCAUGGACUGAGCCAAUCUCUUUUUAUGUGCAACCCAAAUCAGCAAACUAUGGAAACUUCCUGCACUUGAUAAUUGUGCUCCCUAUUGCUUUCCUUCUCAUCAUUGGGGGAUUGCUGAUAAUGCUGUAUGUCUUUAACAAAAAGAGGAACAGUGACAGACUGGGCAAUGGAGUACUUUAUGCUUCUGUGAACCCUGAGUACUUCAGUGCUUCAGAUGUCUAUGUUCCAGAUGAAUGGGAGGUGCCCCGUGAGAAGAUCACCAUGUGCCGGGAGCUUGGACAAGGCUCCUUUGGAAUGGUUUAUGAGGGAAUAGCCAAGGGAGUGGUGAAGGAUGAGCCAGAGACCCGAGUGGCCAUCAAGACUGUCAAUGAAUCUGCAAGCAUGCGGGAGAGGAUCGAGUUCUUAAACGAGGCUUCAGUGAUGAAGGAGUUCAAUUGUCACCAUGUGGUUCGCCUGCUUGGUGUUGUUUCUCAGGGCCAGCCUACGCUGGUGAUCAUGGAGCUGAUGACACGUGGGGACCUCAAAAGUUACCUGAGAUCAUUGAGGCCAGACACAGAGACUAAUCCAGGCCAGGCACCUCCAACUCUGAAGAAGAUGAUUCAGAUGGCAGGAGAGAUUGCUGAUGGGAUGGCAUACCUCAAUGCCAACAAAUUUGUUCACAGAGAUCUUGCUGCAAGAAACUGCAUGGUGGCAGAAGACUUCACAGUGAAAAUUGGAGAUUUUGGCAUGACAAGAGAUAUCUACGAGACAGAUUAUUACCGGAAAGGAGGGAAAGGUUUGCUGCCUGUCCGCUGGAUGUCCCCAGAGUCACUGAAAGAUGGAGUCUUCACCACACACUCCGAUGUCUGGUCCUUCGGGGUUGUGCUCUGGGAGAUCGCAACAUUGGCAGAGCAGCCCUACCAAGGCAUGACCAAUGAACAAGUGCUCCGCUUUGUGAUGGAAGGAGGGCUGCUGGAAAAACCAGACAAUUGUCCUGAUAUGCUGUUUGAACUGAUGCGCAUGUGCUGGCAGUACAAUCCAAAAAUGAGACCUUCCUUCCUGGAAAUCAUCGGUAGCAUCAAAGACGAGCUGGAUCCAGCGUUCAAAGAGGUCUCCUUCUUCUACAGCGAAGAGAACAAACCUCCAGACACAGAGGAGCUUGACCUGGAGACUGAAAACAUGGAGAGCAUUCCUUUAGAUCCUUCCUCCACCCUCCAACCCACUGACAAGCACUCAGGACACAAAGCAGAGAAUGGCCCAGGCGUGGUGGUCCUUAGGGCCAGCUUCGAGGAGAGACAGCCCUACGCACACAUGAACGGGGGACGCAAGAACGAGAGGGCCUUGCCCCUGCCCCAGUCGUCGGCCUGCUGAUCCCUAGACCCGGAAUCUGACAGAAAUAAACCACAGAGAAACACACAUGCGUUUGGGGGGAAGAAAGAAAGAAAAUUUACAAUAUAUUCAAAAGCCUACUGUACCUCAGUGGAUCUUCAGAACUGCCAUAGCUGCACUUGGGAGAACCCUCUUUUUUUUUUGGUUUUUUUUUCAGUAAACAAGUUACCGUAUUUUUUCUUUUUUUUUUUUUUUUUUUUUUCAAUAUGCAAGCAGAUGUUUGUUUCAGUAAAGGACUCCAUUCAUGGGGCACACAGUUGGCCUUUUAAAACUCUAAAUGUUAACACUUAAUAGCAACAGAAAACUUGAGAUCUGAUGUCUCUCUCUCUCUCUCUCUCCCUCCUCUCUCUUCUUUCUCUUUCUUUCUGUCUCUCUCUUUGCUUCAUAAUGGGAAACAUAUCUGCCUGCAAGUUCAACCCUACAGCACUUUUAUCAGAUCAAAGAUAUCGCAGGCCAGGUGGCUCCCUGGUACCCUUGCAAGCACCUGCCCAACACUGUAGGUCUUUAUAAAAACAAACAAACAAAAAAACCGACUAAAACCACCCACACAUCCACAAAAACCAACAACAAAACUAAAACAGACUGGAUUUUUAAUGUUGCUCUUUAAUCUUUUUAGGAACACAUAAAAGAAUAAAAAAGGGCCAUCAUUCGUCGGAGGUUGGUACCAUUUUCAGCGCUGCCAAAUUUUGCCAAAAAAAAAAAAACCUGAACUCUGUUUUUUGUUUUUGUUUUGUUUUGUUUUUUCAUAGGCAUGGAAGGAGUACAGUAAUCAACUGCUCUGUUAAAAAGAGAUCCUGACCAAUACAUUCUAUUCAAUCAUACACUGGUAUUUCAAAAAAAAAGAAAAAAAGAAAAGAAAAAAAAUUGAAAAAUAAAAUCAAAUUGUCUAGAUCUUUUUUCAAAACUGGACAAGAUGGGAUUUUUUUGUUGUUGUUGUUUUGUUUUUUUUUUUUCUCUCGUGAUGGAGAAGAUAAAAGGGAUGGGGUAAAGAAACAGCCCUCCCUCCACUCCUAUCCCCAUCCUAAUGAAUUCUGGACAAAACUGGCAGUGGUGAGCUAAAUAAACAUGUGCAUUUCCUACAAAAAAAAAAAAAAAAAAAAAAAAAAAAAAAGUCAACCGCAAGCCAAAAAUGAAACAUGAAAACCAUGAAAAUAACUGACAGAGAUCUCCAUCGUUGCAGCCUUCUUCACAGGCUUGCAAGGAAAAAACCACCUAGAAACCCAAAUUGGAGAAGACAAAAAAAAGCAGUAACCGGAUUCAAGUAUAUGAUGCUUUGUUGACCUUUUCUCUUUAUUAUUAAGACUUCUCGAAGGGUCUUGCAGUUCUAUGUUAGACCAUGGAUCAUUUGCAUACACAUUGUCUUUUGUGUCACUUUUAUAACUUUUUUACGGUUCGGAUACUCAUCUAUAUGUCUGUACAGAAAAAAGCUGCUAUUUUUUUUGUUCUUUAUCUUUGUGGAUUUAAUCUAUGAAACCUUCAGGUCUGCCCUCCUUCCCUUCCCUCCCACUUCAACAAAUUUUCUUAUGCUUUGUACUAUAGUGUGUAACUUCUACUUCCUCCUUCCCAGUAACUGAUACCUUUCAUAUGAUUUGCCAUGAACUGUUUAAUGCCUUUUUAUAAAUAAGUUUCCUCUUUUUUUUUUUUUUUUUUUUUUUUUUUUUAAUUUUUUUUUUUUAUUUUAUUUUUUUUCCCAUUAGUUGUUUUACAACAUCUUGGCUGUGUGGGCUACAGGGCUCUUGAGGGGGGAGAUGGAGAAGGAAGGGACACUCUGCACAGAAACACUCUGGCAGUGCUUUGGUGGUUUUAAGCCUCAGUUUUCCUUCCUUCUCACUAAGCUCUGCCCAGACAGCACGCGAGUCUCUUACAGUGCAAGGCAUGAUACAAACUCAGGUCAGAAAAAAGGUUAAAUAUUUAGUACAUUCUUGUUCAGUGUUUGUAUUCAUUGUUGUACAAGGGUCCUACCCCUCCUUCCCUCCCUGCUUGUUUUGGUUGUGGCACACAUCCACCCACCCAUCCCCACCCACACUCCCCACACAGACACACACAUAUAUGUUUUGUUGUUUUUUUUUUAUUUGUCAAGUACAACAGUUAGACACCAGGCUUUCGGGUCACUCAUUUUUAUAAAGACUCUUUUAACCCUUCCACCCUGUGAAAAAGAGCUAUACCAGUUGGAGCUGGUGAUGCCAGGCAUGCUUUGGGUAGCCACUGAACACUUGGCUCCAGCAAACCCCAGCUCUUCACCUUCUCAGUGAGGAAGCCCCCAUGGAGGGCACCCAGGGCUGCACUUUGCACCCCUGGUUUAAAAAAAAAACAAAACAAAAAACCAACACUAAACCAAACCAAACCCACCACACUGUUUCCAUGGGGCUGGGUGGAAAGCAUGUAGCUGGGGCCAGUGGCUUGGCUAGCAAACAGUUACGUGUUGGCAGCUAUGGAAACCUGUACAAGUACAAGCUUGUUGCUUAAAUCAUAGACCAAACCUCAGAACAAAAGAAAAUGAGUAAGCUUGUUUGUUCAGUUGCAGAAGCCUUGGUGAAAGGGUAAGGAGGGGGCCAUCAGAAAGUCUACAACCAAGGAGCCGUGCCAGUUGCUCAUCUAACGUUAGCUACAGCAUCUAAGCCUUUGUUUAGCACUGAUCCAACCAAAUGAUGGCAGUGAAGAGGUGGUUCUGGGAUGGAAAUGUUUAAACCUUUUGAGUAAGAACAAAGAAUUAAAAUAUACUGAUUGCUAGUUUUGACUGGAGAUUUUAAAAUGUUUGUAGUGCUUUUUGCUUGUGUAGUUUAGAUCCCAUUAUCUUCUCUUGCCUCUGUCCCAUAGUUAUUUUUCCCUUUUAAAAAUGAAAAAGACAAAAAAGUUUAAUUAAGAAGGUAUUCUAUGUAGGAUUUUUUAUUUAUUUUUGUGAUAUCAGUUUAAAUCACUGUAGAGAUGCCCCAUAAUAAAUUUAAAUACUGAGAUAAGGGUUUUUGAGUAUGACAGGGGGACAGUUUUUGAUUUUAUUUUUUUUUUCAAACAUUUAUCUACCUCACUCUUAUUUUUUUACAUGUGUGUAUAUACAAAAAAUACAUCUCACAUUUCUCAGCAGCCAAUAAAUGCCGUUGAUACUGGUAACCUCUCACUCCAUAAUACCACAUGCUCUAGGUUCUGGAGGGGAACAGUCACUGCUUGUCACAAAGGGUCACUUCAGAAUAUUUGCCUCAAUUUCAAGGAGUUUCUCCAGGUUUUUUUGGCUCAGAUUCAUUAUUGUGAGGAGAAAUCCAAGUUGUCUAACUUAGGGUGAUCAUUCUUUAAGGAAAGGCAAAGGUGAGGACUGUCACAGCAGCCCUUGAGUCAGCAACAAAACUCAUUUUUAGAUGAGCAGAAAUGCAGCUGACCUGAGACAAAGACUUCAAGUUAUGAUUAUUUGAUGAAAUCUGUUGCAGAAAUCAAUUGCUGUAAUGUCUGAAGGUCCAGAGGAAUUAAGUGUAAAGAGAAUGGUCUUAUUCUUUGUCCUGUAGAAUGGGCUCAGCCAGUUUUCCCUCAGAUUGCCACAAGCACCAAAAAGUUUUUUGGCUGAAUCAGCACCUAAAAAGAAAUUGGCUCAUGCAGCAAUAACAUUGCUGUCUUGAUGAAAAAAAAGUAAAAAAUGGUGAAAAACCUGUCACGGACUGCCUGAUGAUACUACUACAUUGAGUUUACAGCUUUGCAUCUUUGCUGCUUCUGUUUGAUAAGAGCACUGAUUUUUUUUUUUUUUUUUAUUUCAGAACUAACAUUGAAUUGCUUUCUUUAACAUGCCAGUAAAAAUUCAGUUCCCUUUUCUUCCCCCAUUGAUAUGCUUCAUAACUGUGGAUUCUGAUGGACCCGCCAUCAGAUUUUAACUGCCCUCUGACAGCGUGUAACUGGUUUACAAGCACACAGGACUAACCCGGGCUUGCUGUCAACUUGAUGUAUAAUGUUUCUCUUUUUCCAGCUCUGGCAGCUGUUCGUACAGGUGUUGGUUGUGGUAUCUGAGUAAUGUGGUGCUUGGCUACUUGGAGUUGUGCAUGGCCUUGUGAAUAUACAACGUUGUGGUUAAGUACUACAGAGUUUCUCUUGGAGGAGCAGCUUCUAGCCCUGAGAAACUAGCAAAAUUGGAAGUUUUUCAUAGGUGUUUUUUGCUUGCUGUUUUUUAUGAGGUUCCAGUGACCUUUUGGUGCAGUGACUAUUGCCCUCUCUUGCACAUAUUGAUUACCACAACUGGAGAUCCUCAGAUCUUUCAGCUGGCUAGGAGGGUUUUGUUGAAACUGUCCAAGUUACUGAUAUUACAAUUGUGUGUAGGUGGUUUUAAAAUGCAUUAGGAAGAAACACUAAUGACAUAGUGCCCAUCAUGAUACACAUUUCAAAAAGCACUUCAGUAGAAGACAGUCACAUGGCAUCACGUACACGUGCGUGGUGACAGCUCUCCUGGACCAAACCACCUUCAUUAUACCAUUGCAUUCUGUGUUUGCAAUUCAAGCUUAAUUCCUUUUUUGUUCUGUUUGUUUCCAUAGCUUUUUUUGUUGUUUUGUGCGUUUUGAAUAGCUUUAUUCACAUGGGUUUUUCAUGCUGACUUCCCUUGGACAGUAAAUCAAGUUGUUUGUGCAUGUGAACGACUGAGAAUUAAUGUUGGCUUGAUAGAGUCAUAAAAUGGUUUGUAAUGUUGUUCUUCCCUGAGACCACUGGCUUGUCUGGUAUGGAAAAUUUAUUUAGAACUUCAGCUGUGUUUGAAUAAAGUCAAAGUAAUCCGAUUUGUUUAUAAAUUAAAAACAAAAGCCCACCCAUCCCUGAAAACCAGCAGUUUGACAAAUGGCACCGAGAUGUUUUGACUGCAGCAGGAUAACAAAUUGGCAUCACCACGGGAGCAGGCAGCUUUGGUUUUUCUGCUUGGCCAUUGCUCUCACCUGACUUGCAUUGAAAAAGCUGCUGGGGUGGCACAGAAGGUGGUUUGGUUGCAAAGGAAUGUGACUCCUACCUAAACACAGAAGUGUCAGCUGCCUGGUACUGAGUGAGCUGCUCAGCUGGGGAGCGUGCAGCAGAGGCAGAAGCCAAGCCCGAGGCCAGCCUGUGUGCACCAGGUGAUGCCUCUGCUGGUUCAAGUGGGUGCAAAGUGCUGGAUGAUUCAAGGUGUGUGUUUGCACUGAUACUCUUGAUGGCCUUUAAAAACAAAGAAAGAAAGCCCAGUUUGCCCAGGAUGGCUGGUCACCAGAUGGAGCUGCUGUCAGGUCCUCUGGGAACUUCUGAGGGGUGUUUUGUACAAUCUGAGUCUAAGUGAACAACACUCCUAUUGUUCGUGUAACUCCAUACAUAUAUAUCUAUAUAUACAUAUAUAUAUAUGCAUAUGUAUAUCUAUAAUAUAGAUAUAUAUAUUUAAACCCUUUUCAUUCCAUUAGUACAAGUAACACUUGUUUCCUGAUAUUCUUACUUUGUUUGUCAACCAUGUGUUUAAUCACUGGGCUGAACAACAGUGGAGGAAGGUGCAAGGGAUCCACUCCUUACUAACCAGUGAUAAAAGCCAGAUAUUGCAACUUAACCCAUGAGUAGUUGUGCAGACAUGAAUUUAAGAAUGAUGCAUAGAAACAACAGUAGUGGCCAGGGGUGCUGAAGAUACAGAACUAUAAACAGGCAGGAGGGUUCUGAAGGAUCCCUCAGUUCAGAGAAAAUUGAACCUAAAACUGAGUGGAGAAAUGAGAAGUGUUUGUGCAGAGAGACCUGAAACCAGGGAUAUGGAAAUGGGUAUUCACAAAGACACAGGGGUGGGCAGAAGUUUGAGGUAGUUUGCUGAGCUUAGCUUGUGGGACAACAUCAGAGCUCAGGUACAACAAUUCUGAUCCUUGGUACUUGUAAAUAAAGCUCUGGACUUCACAACCAGAGUGAUCAAUUCCUUUGCAGGAGUUGAAUGGUUAUCACCAUCCUUCUGUAUGAAACAGUUUCAACUUCCAGUUGGUCUGAUUGGACCUUCAGACCAUCACUGGUGUGUGUGUGUGUGCAUAUGUGUGUGUGCUCAUUCUUUUUCUUUUCAAUUUUUUUCUUUUUUCUUGGUAUGUGUUUCAUUGAUUAGUAACCAUUAGCAUUUUCAAUAGGGCUUUAAGUCCAGUAGAUUACGGGUAGUCAGUUGACAAAGAUCUGGUUUACAAGAACUAAAUAAAUGUUUCAUUGCAUUUUUGUAAGUACGUAGAAUAAUUUUAUAAAAUGUUUGUAGCUUACAAAUGCCUAAAAUAUAAUUUAAGGGCACUUUUCUGUGUGUGGGUGUGUCUGUAUGUGAUCAGGUUUUUUGGAUGGUACCAGUUUCCUAGCUAGCUUUACAGUAUGCCAGAAAGGAUCGCGAAGUUGUCCAACUGACAGUGUCCCUCUCCCCUCACCCACCCAAGUUUUGUGUCCCAGUAUACAGCAGAUGAAUAAAGGAGUUGGGGAAAUGUUCUGUAUCUUCAGUAUCCUGGUCUUCCAGAGCCCUCUGGUUGGGGUGGGAUCAUCUUAACUGGUCAUUUCACUUUACUGUCUAGGGCAGUUAACUCCAUGAAUUACAAGAACCUCACUGGUCAGGGAAACAGAACGGGUUUUGCUGCUACCCAGUCUCACUUGUGUUGUCCAGUACCUGCUUUAUGGUGGCCAUGUGGUUUGAAGGAUGUGACUGUGUAAGAGAAGGAGGGAAGAUGUUUUUCAUAAUUGCUGUUGAAGAACUGUUUGCAGAUUUCUUAUCGCUUUAAAAGUUUGUAUGCAGCCUCUAAAGAUGUUGAGAACCAUUUGAAGCUUUGUUGAAAUGAGCGAGGCAGGGUCCCUAUUUAUUUUUAUUUAAGAAUAUUGAAGAUUCCUUCUCCCUCACUCCCCCAAAAUUUGACCAACCGCAUUGUUGAAGGGUUAUGGUUGAUUUAGAUGCUGUUUGAAAAUCAGCUCUUCUGUUUUCUGAACCAGUGAGGUUUGAGAUGAAAGGAUUGGCCAGAGUUUGUCUACCUCUGGGACAAAAACAAAACUAGAAAGUGCUAAGGAAUGGAUGCAGUUGCAAAUACAACAUUUUCCAAGUUUUCUUGUUUAAAUUUUUUAAAGAGAAAAUUAAACAAUAACAUGGCCAAUUUAUUACAUAAAAAGACUUGCUGUGUAUAAAUUAUUCCUAAAGAAAUUCCUGUGUUUAUAUUAAAAUGAAUCAGUAGAUUAAAAAAAAUUUCAAAAUGUUUUUGUAUAUUCUGUUGUAAGAAUUUAUUCCUGUUAUUGCGAUAUACUCGGGAUUCUUUACAUUAUGAAAAGAAGAAACUUUGUCUAUUUUGAAUGGCUGAAGCUAAGGCUCCUUUAGUUUCUCUUACUCUGCUUUUUUCUAGUAGUUUCAGUACUACAUGAUUUAAGUUAAAUAAAAGAAUUCUGUAUG